UGUUUCAUUGAGGUGAAAGUAUGUUCAAUCACGCAGUCAUCUUUUAAACACUGAUUCGUGUCAAUCGUAUUUAUUUGUGUGACAAACGAUAUUCAGAAAUUAUUUCGACAAUCAUACAUAGCAUUGUGAAACGACAGUCGUGCGAAGCAACUGUCUUCUUCCAUGGAAUGCGUAAUGGUUUCCCAACUGUCUGACAUACGGGGUAAGCGUGACCAGUGAGAUAUCGUACCCGCAUGAUCGUGUCGACGAUACUUUCGAGUGUGACGGGUUUCCAUUGGCGACACUCCAAUGACGCCGGACGAAACGCUGAGCUGACGAUGGAAACCGAGGUACGAACGCUGAAGCAAGAGCUCGUUCGUACCCAGGAAGCCUUGAAGGCGGCCACAAAGAGGUGUCGCGACCUGGUGAAAGAGCUGGACAGUCGUACCGUGGAUCAUGAGUCCGAGAGGAGUCUUCGGGACCAACAACUCUCGCGAAUACUUCGCGCUUUGCUCGUCCUGGAGGCGCGUCUCAAGCAAGAACAGAAAUCGAUCAGGCAGCUGCUCUGCGAAAAGGACAAUGUCAUCAGGAACCAGCAGCUCGAGAUCGCGAGGCUCAGGCGUUACACAAAAAAUUACAUCAAGUGCAAACGCGAGCAGAUCCUCGGCAAUUCCUCAAUCGCGGUCGAGACGACGAGCAAAAUCGAUGAAUGCCAUCUACAAUCGUCCAAUGUUGAAGUGGACCCCAGACAAGAUAGUAGUAUUAGCAAGGACAUUCAGACGCUUAAAUGCGAAAUAAUCACGAAGCUGAACCCGUCGGAAGUACCUGUUGCUCACGAAGACUUGGACAGAAGAGUGAGAAAGACUUACAGCUUCGCCGGCAGCGAUAUCUCGAAAACGAGUCUAACGAGUAGCGAGAACACGGACGUGUCUAUUAUCACGACAACCACGGAUGGCAGCCCAUCGUUGAUAAGCACAGAAGGUUUCUGCGAAGGCGAGAGUACUGACGUCUCACCGGGAUCGACGUUGAACAAACCAAGUAGAUGUACACCGACAAUGGUCACCGACAGCGAGAACGAGACCACGAUGAUUUUUGACGACAAUGUCGACGACGAGACCAUGAUCGUGGAAAAAUGCACAAAAUUACUCCCGAAAAAGAUGGGCAUCGGUCGAUUAAAACCUCAGAAAGCAUGCAAGGAAACGGAAGCGAUACAGAUGACAAAUAUCUCAAGAACCGAGAGCAAGGACGAUGGAAUGGACUGUAAUUUUGCAUCCGAAGACGAAGAAAAGGAACAUGAACCUAUUUAUGUCAACGCUUGCAAUGAGACCAAUACUAGGAAUUUGGAGCAGGCUGGAACUACCAUUUCUGAGGCGAAAAUUAAUGGGGAUUAUAGUAAUAAUAACAGCAAUGAUGAUGGAGGUAGUAACAAGACUAACGAAAAUAGCAUAGCCCGGAAACUAGAAAUCAAGGAACAGAACGUCGAAGAAACCAGCGGGAACUGGUACAGCGAUCCGGACGAGGACAGAAUCAAUGACGAUGUUUUCAGGCACAGUGCGUAUCGACCAAAUAGCAACCACAAUUCCGUCUUGGAAUGCGUGAACCAGAUUCUUCUGAGAGAUAUGGAGGAGGAGGAACGCAUUAUUUCCGUGCCUAGAAGGUUCAGGCAUCGAGGAAAAAUUGUACGGUUUCAACCAGCAAGGCUCUCUGAUAUUGAGUCUGUCGGUUCUGAAAUGGAAAGGAAAAAUUCUGAAGAAGCUACCAUAGAGCAAGAAGUACCAUCUACCAAAAUCAAUGAUGUUCCAACCAACAGUUUUGAGCCCACUGCUGCAGAAGAUGAGUUUGGAAUGACUCUUACUCACACUGUUUCUACGAGUGUUACAACAAAUGUCACCAGCCAAGGGUCCAGUUUGGACGAAGAAUCUCCAGAAUCGAAAGCUAUUCCAAUUGUAAUAAUAGAACCAAAGGUAGAAGUUGAGGAAGCAAGACAUACAUUUCCCUCUUCGCAGAUACAGAAAACGAAAACGUCAGAUAGUCCAAUAAAUCCACCCCUGAAGUUGGAAAGGAUCGAGGAAAAGACAUGUCUACAGAUGUCUGCGAAAGGACUGACUAUAGCGAAGAACCUUGAUUACGAGGAUAUUGAAUCAUUGCCAGAGAUUGUACCGCCAUCCCCUAAAACGCCGCCGGCGUUACCGCCUAAACCACAAUUCAAAAAUAAUACAUUAAUCCUAAAAAAAAUUCCUAGUCCCUCAUUUCUGAUCGAUGAAACACGGAAGAAGCAGCAAUUGCUAGAGUCUGGGUCUUCCGACUACAGCAACAAAAUUUUCGGUUUCAUAUCCUCCCCGUUGAAAUCAGCGGGAAUUAACAUAACCUCAGCAAGAAGCUUAAACUUCGAAGAAGCUAUUAAUAAAGUUGCGGGGACAAACGAAGAGGGAAAUUUCUGGAGAAACAGAUUUAAUAACGUUCGUUCCUCGUUUCAAACGCGACAAAACAAUCACGAAACUAACGGCGAACAAACUAGAAACGCACCGAGGGUUACAAACAUCGUUCGCCAUUUUGAAGAAUUCAAGAUUGGCGGUGAUUCCGAGGAGCAAACGAAAGAAAGAAAUAAAACAAAGGAAAAACACGUUCACCCCGAGUUCGAUCAGGAAUUCGACAUUAGACAAAACUUCGAAGAGUUUAAUCUCGAUGAUUGCGAUUUAUCCGACGAUCCGGACAGGCCGGAGGGCGAUGGUUCGGAGAGGCUUGGCAAUCUUGGAACCGCGAUUAGUCAGAACGAAAAAACUGCCAUAACCAAAGACAAUAAUAAUGUUCCUCUUAGUACAGCAAAUUCUAAUAGUGGUUACGAUCACUUUCUGGAAGCAACAGGUCUUAGCAAUAAAUCUAUACUGACGCCCUCAAGGCUGCUGAGUAAUCAUAAAAGUAUGUUGAAACCGAAAGACGUGAAAUAUAAGAAUAAAAUUAAAGCGACUGCUAUAUUAGAGAAACAUGGUGUAUCCACUACCAACAAUACUACCACUCAUGUUAGACAUUGGACUGGACCGUUCGUCUGACAGCUGGCCCGAGUUUUUCCAACGAAUCUGUUUCGACAAGAAACUUGUGACGAAGGGAGAUGAAUUUAAAAUAAUUAUUCCCAGAAUUUUUCGUAAAUGAACAGAAAUGAGUAUCAGAGACUGUGAGAACUUAAACUGUACCAUAUGGACGCAAUUAAUCUUUAAGUCGAGAGCAAAAUGUAAUACUGUAAAUUAUUAUGAAUAUUCUUCUUUUAAUGCAAUUGUUUUUCACAUGUUGUUGCGCAAAAAAUGCGACAGACAUAGGAAUUAAUUUAUUUAUAG